AUCUAUCAACAUCAACACAACAAGCAGAUGAGCUGCCCAGCCAUGGCUCAGCUCCUGUCAAACACCCUUUACUACAAGCGGUUUUUCCCAUAUUUCACCUUCAACAUCCUAGGUGGACUUGAUAGUGAUGGAAAGGGCUGUGUCUUCACAUAUGAUGCUGUUGGAUCAUAUGAAAGGGUUGGGUACAGUGCCCAAGGUACAGGUGCAGGACUCAUCAUACCUGUUUUGGACAACCAGCUAAAAUCUCCAAGUCCUCUGCUAUUACCCGCCAAGGAUGCUGUCACACCUUUGUUGGAGAUGGAGGCGGUCGAUUUAGUGAAAGACGUUUUUGCGUCGGCCACUGAAAGAGACAUAUAUACUGGGGAUAAAGUGGAAAUUUUGGUGAUAAAUGCAUCAGGUAUUCGGCAGGAGUUAAUGGAGCUGAGGAAGGAUUAACCAUUUGAGUUGUGGUGACUUUUGUAUCAUUUCUUGCAAGAUUGGGAUGUAUAAAAAUAUGCUGUUUGCAUGGGGUCUGCUUAAAGAUUGCACCCCUCAUGCAUCCUCAGGUGUUGUUUUAUCCAUGAAACCAAAGUUAUCCAUCUUGUAACAAUUCAUUUCUUUUUCGCAGUUGAGUUCCUUGUGAUGAUGAUGCUUUUUGCAUAUUGACUGAACAUGGAAAAUUGAAAUGCUUUUCGCA